UCAAGUGAUCCACCCGCCUCGGCCUCCCAAAGUGCUGGAAUUUACAGGUGUGAGCCACUGGGCCUGGCCAGAGUUAGGAUUUCCAAGUAAAGCAAAAUGUCACCUAGCAGGAGAGAGGAAAAAAGGAGAAAGAGAAAAAAGACAACGAAUGGGGAUGGGGUAGACUUCAAGGAGGAAGAGCAAAGGUGACCAGGAUGAGAAGGGAGGUGGGUGGGCGUGGGCUGCUCAGAAGAUGCGCUGAAGGGUGGGACCAGAGGAGCUGACCCUGAGAUGCACCUGUCACUGACACUGGGUCAUUCUUUACAUUUCAAAAUCAUUUUCACAUCUCUGGUCCCAUUUUGCAUAUCACAGUCACUGUGAGUGGGUGAAGAAUACAUUCUUUUUUCCUGCUUCACUGAUGAGAAAACUGAAGCAUGAAGAGCUCCACUGAUUUGCUCAUGGUCACGCAGUGCUAAUUUAUUCUGCAUUUGGGACAGGCUAUUUCUAGCACACAGCAAAUUCAGUAAUUGCUUUCCUGAUAUUUCAUUUUUUUUAAAAAGCCAAUACCAUAAGCAGUCUAUUAGGAGACAAAUUCUCCUUUAUUUUAUACACCCUGUGACUAUUUCAAUAUUUUUACUUAACUACAAUUUCUCCAAUUUCAUUGCUCAUGUCGGAGCAUUUGACUAAAAUAUAGCAAAACCACUGUUCCUUUCAAGGGGGUCAAAACGUUUUCCAUGGAUGGGAGCGUGUCAUGUGAGUAAAGAUGAAAGUAGCUUUGUUGCACUCUUCUGGGAAUCUUUCUAGGGAUAUUACUAAAGUCAAGAAUAGAUCAGAAAUGAAGAAAAGAUGGGGAUAUAAAGAAUAGCUUUCAUGGAAAAUUGAAAUCAUUCCUUUUCAAGUUUACAAUUUCCACCCUGAUCAUAGCUCCCCAACCCUGCAGGAUGGGUUCUUCCCAGAUAUGAAGGUGGCUGCGGCGAUAGGAUUUUGAUGCAACUGUGAUUGAUGUCAGCAGGUCCAGACCAUGAUAGUUCAUGACAAAUUUAACAGACAUUUAUUAAGUAGAUUCAAUGGGAACAGCUCCAGGCUAGAUGGGGCUGGGCGAUACAAAGGGAAGAUGUAAUCUGUGAAGGUCGUAGGGGCCAGUGAGGGAUUGAAAUACCACGGAUACGGGUUAUCAUACACCCACUUCACACCAGUUGCUCUUAUUCUAUGCCAUCAUUUCACAGAAACCUCCCACAAAUGCCGAGUGGAAUGGCAUGAUUCUCCUUAUUGCAAGAUGAGACUGUCUGGAAGGAUCCAAUGACUUCCCCAGUGAGUUGGGGACUGCCCCCAGCUUUGCACCCAGGCUUUUGUCUCUAAGGGAAGAGCUGUCACUCACUGCACAGGAAGCAGCAGGAGAAUAACCAAGUCACGGUCUAAAGUUGGGACACCCAACUGAGAUACAGAUUUCUGCCUGCACCCAUGAUACAGGAAUUCAGAAUAAGGGUGAGAUCCUUGUGGGCUCGUGUGAUGGUGGCAUGGCGAUUCACGCUUGAUUGAGAAGACAAAACAUGAACACUUCUUUAAGACAAAACAUGAACACUUUAAGGGCUUCUUGCACAAGUGAAGUGGUUGUGGAAAUGUUUUCAAGGAGCAAAUGCCUUUGUAAUAGAAAAAUUUACUUGACUAGUUAGCAGAAGUUUUUCUUUCUUGGGUUAAAAGUAGUUGCUGCUAUUAUAUCCUGAAGCAUCUGGCUAUCCUGAUGGGGACAUAUGAGCGCUGCCACAGGCCUGGAAUAUCCUAGGCGGGUAAGAAUAGCCCACAAUAAGAGAUGACUGCUGCUUGCUCUGCCGGUCACUGCAGUUGUCGGGAAUGUUUUGCCUCAGAGGCUUAGGGCCGUCUCAACUUGGAGACAGAAAAACCCAUCUCCUACUCCUGGCUCAAAGCUUUGCUUUCUUAUCUCCAGCUCACACCUUUAAGUCUUUUGUAAUUAAAGGACAUUUAUCCAGGCAAGGAUUUUUCCACCUCCUUGGAGAACACGCCCUCCAGUGUCUCCUGCAGCCUGGAGCCUGUGACAUUCUGGAAGCAUGGAAGGCGUGGACUUGCUAGGGUUUCUCAUCAUCACACUAAAUUGCAACGUGACCAUGGUGGGAAAGCUCUGGUUCGUCCUCACGAUGCUGCUGCGGAUGCUGGUGAUCGUCUUGGCGGGGCGCCCCGUCUACCAGGACGAGCAGGAGAGAUUUGUCUGCAACACGCUGCAGCCGGGAUGCGCCAACGUUUGCUAUGACGUCUUCUCCCCCGUGUCUCACCUGCGGUUCUGGCUGAUCCAGGGCGUGUGCGUCCUCCUCCCCUCCGCUGUCUUCAGCGUCUAUGUCCUGCACCAAGGAGCCACGCUAGCCGCGCUAGGCCCCCGCCGCUGCCCCGAACCCCGGGACACGGCCUCCGGGCAGAGACGCUGCCCGGGGUCCUGCAGGGAGCGCGGCGGCCUCGAGGUGCCCGACUUCUCGGCCGGCUACAUCAUCCACCUCCUCCUGCGGACCCUGCUGGAGGCAGCCUUCGGGGCCUUGCACUACCUUCUCUUUGGGUUCCUGGCCCCAAAUAAGUUCCCUUGCACGCGUCCUCCGUGCACUGGCGUGGUGGACUGCUACGUGUCGCGGCCCACGGAGAAGUCCCUGCUGAUGCUGUUCCUCUGGGCGGUCAGCGCACUGUCUUUCCUGCUGGGCCUCGCGGACCUGGUCUGCAGCCUGCGGCGGCGGAUGCGCAGGAGGCCCGGACCCCCGACGAGCCCCUCCAUCCGGAAGCAGAGCGGAGCCCCUGGCCACCCCGAGGGACGCCCGACGGACAAGGAGGGUGGGCGGGAGCAAGAGGGGGCGCCUGCGCCCCGGGUUGCACGCGCCAGAGGGGAGGGGGCAGGCAGCCCCAGGGUUACAUCCAGGGUGUCAGGGCACACGAAGAUUCCGGAUGAGGAUGAGAGUGAGGUGACAUCCUCCGCCAGCGAAAAGUUGGGCAGGCAGCCCCGGGGCAGGCCCUACCGAGAGGCCGCCCAGGACCCAAGGGGCUCAGGAUCCGAGGAGCAGCCCUCAGCAGCCCCCAGCCACUUAGCGGCGCACCCUUCCUGCAGCCGCCUGCAGGCCCCUGACCCGCCUGCCAGCUCCGUUGGUGCUCCCCACCUGAGAGCCAGGAAGUCUGAGUGGGUGUGAAAAAAACAGCACCUGGCCAUGUCCCGGGGCUCACGCCUGUAAUCCCAACACUUUGGGAGGCCCAAGCAGGAGGAUCACUUGAGAAUGUAUCUCCUUGCCCAGGAGUUUGAGACCAGCCUGGGCAACAUAGUGAGACCCUCGUCUCUACAAAAUAUCUAAAAAUUAGCUGGGCCCAGUGGCUCCCGCCUGUAGUCCCAGCUACUUGGAGGGCUGAGGUGGGAGGACCAUUUGAGCCUGGGAGAUUGAGGCUACAGUGAGCCAAGAUCAUGGCAUGGCACUGCACUGCAGCCUGGGGAACAGAGUGAGACCCUGUCAAAAAAAAAAAAAAAAAAAGCACAAUGCAGAGCUGAGAGAGCCCAGCUGUCCUGUGCACACGGGAAUGCCUGUGCUGAUGCACACUCACUUUGGCACCUGGCAGAAGGGCGAGCUGACCUGGGGACACACGGACAUCACAGGAGAUAUAUGCUCAGUAAGGAUUUAAUUUAGAUAACACUUUUUUAUUUUUUUAAAAAAGCACAUGACAUUCAAUGUCCCAGCAAAACUAAAGUGAUGAACUGGAGUCGCCUUUCUGAUAAUGGUGAGUUGGUUCUGUCGGUCACACUCUCCCGGUUCUGCUAUCAAAUUCUUUGCCAUGUAUUUCAUGUAAGGCAUGUUUUCUUCCGUUAGUAUAUUAAUGUUUAAUAUUUUCUAGUGAAUUAUGAGGUUUUUUUGUUUUUAUUAUUCUGCUUUGGAUGAAAGAAACAUCUGUUAUGCAUGUCAUAAAUAGAGAGACCUUAAACUUCUCCUAACCCCUUAAUAAAAUUGUAUCAGUUCAUUUCAUACUGCUAUGAA